AGAGAAGGAGGAGAGCGAGUCUCGCGGUAAAAGCAAACAUGAAGGAGACCAGAAGACGAACCCCACAGGCUCACUCGCCCGGUAGAAGCGCUGCUGGGACGUGGCCGUCAUGAUUCCCCGUAUGUCUCUACCUUACGGCGGAUAUCAGAAGCUGGAAUGGCCGAGGUAACUAACUAGCCACCAGUUGGCCAGGCAGAUAGUUAUCUAGAACCAGCACAUAGAUCUACUAGUUACGAUGAACUGCCUAGUUAACUAAUUACCUAGCUAAGCCUUCGUAAGCCGAUAACUAGUUAGCUAGCUUGUCGAUCGGCCCUGAAGAGUCGGAGAUGGAGAGUUGGCUAGCUAGUUACAAGACUGCCCGGCUCUCCGCGGUGGGAUGGUUGAGAGCAUCUCCAUCCUGGCCUAUAUUCGAGAGCGAGAGAGAAGGGAGACUCUCGAGGCCGGAACGGAGGAGUUCUUCAACAGUCACUCCCUGGCAUGGAUAGGAUGCUGCAUGUCAUCCAGGGCUGCUGCGGUCCUUUAUCCGUUGCCCCCUAUUCUUCCCUUAACCCUUAACCAGCUAGUUAGUUAGUCACCCAAGGCAUGCCUAAGAGAUUAUUAGCUAGCUAGCUAGCUAGUGGCUGGUUCAAGAUAGAUAAACUAGCUGACUGAUGUCAUCGCUGCGGCUUAUCAGUGAGAAGGGCUGCUGCUGCUAAGCACUGCUGGCCAGUCGAGAUAGUGAAGGAUAGGACAGGACAGGACAGGACAACAGCCGGACAGAGAGGACAGAGCCAUUACUAGCUAGCUAGAUAACCCCAGAGUCACUGGCUGCUGGAUGUCCAGGUGAAGCUGGAAGAAGUCUUGCCGGGUUAUUUAGUUGUCUCCCUGCUGCGCUUCUGCUUCAUCUUCUUUGCACCAACUUCCACCUUCCACUGCUACAUCUACAUAUCUACUUCUGCUUCUGCAUCGCCGCCAGAAAGACCAGAAUCAUGGCUGAAGGCCGUCCAGGCACCAACAUCGACUCCCACACACCCACUCCCCGCGGCGGCGUCCGUCUCAACAAGAUCGCCGAGUCCUGGGAAGACGAAGACCUCUCCUCCUCCGAAGAUGAAGCUAGUGAUGCAGAAACAGCCAUCACGGCGCCCCCGGCUGAGGCCAGCACCCACCAGCACCACCAGGUCAGCCGCAGCGGCAUCCGCGCGCCUCCUCCAACUCCCAACGUGUCUCGCCAGUCCAGCUGCCGCUCUACCACCAGCAGUGCCUCGUGUACCUCUUCAGGCUACUCCAAGCGUCCUGAGAAACAGAUUGCAGUGGCUACGAGGAUGAUUGGCAACGCGCUGGGUCACCGAGUGGCCAGAUCUGAUAGUCAGAAGGAAUAUGACCGCACUGUGAUUGCAAAUGAGAAGAAGCGGCGCGAGAAGGAGAAGCUCGCAGAGGAGCAGAAGCGAGAGGAAGAAGAGAAGGCAAAGGCCGCUAUCUGGGAUGAAUGAAUGUGUUUUUAUAUCACAUCAUACAACCUUUCACUUUGCCUUGCCUGCCUUGAUAUCAAAGAGGACUUUCACGUCGCUGCUGUUUUUCCUUUGAUUUGGCCUCUCUAGUUGCCUGUUAUUAAAUCAAUGUACUUUAAUAAUGAUACAGAUGAAACAAUGCUAUAAAAGCAUAUGAUACCAAGUUUCUAAAACUAUAGAAGAAAGUUACCUUUAAUGACCGAAGUAGAAUGACAAAAUGCAUCUGUAUUUUAUUCAAAUAGAUGCUCCAGAAAGGAUAUGAUAUUAAAGCCACCCUCCCCAGGAACACACUAUUGAAGCAGAGGAUAAGUAGGUCCCCCUGAGUCAUUGAAAGAUAUAUACAUGAAAAAGAUAAAGGUAGACGUAGACGAAUAAGUAGACGUUUGAAUAAAAGAAGAACAAAAUGAUGUAUGCCACGAGGAUGAAAGAAUGAUAAAAGUUGCCCUGCCCCCACACAG